AUGGGCAUCGGGAGUUUCUUAGAAGAUUUAUCUUAGGAAUAAGCUAAUUAUAAUUUCAUUCAAUCUAAUGUUGCAAAUGAUAUAAACAAGUAAAUCGGAGAUGAAAUGCAAGAUUAAGGAUUCAAUCGUCAAGGUUAAAAUUAUAUAAAUUUUUGUUUUCAAAUGAUAGAGAUGAAGAGAAAUCAGCCAAGAGAUUUACAUAAUCUUUAGGGAAACGGACUAUCACUCUAACUUGGAGAAAAUGCUGUUAGCUAAGACUCAUAGAAAGCGUAGAAGGACGAUAAGGAAAAAUAUGAAGUUAAGGAGUAAAUGAUUGCUGAGAAGCUAGAAUGGAUUCGCUUAAAGAAAAAAAUCACAAAUUUUGAUGAACUUUCCCCUCUGACAAUGAAUAUAGAGACUAUAUUUUCUCUUCCUCAAGAGAUUUAAAUCAAUGAUUAGGGUAAAAUAAUCUCGAUCCCAAAUUCUCAAGAUACUAAUGCUAGUAUUAUAAAGCUACAAUAAGAAAUCGAGACAAAAAAGUAGGCGUUCAAAGAUAUGCUAUUAAAAAACCCAGAGCAUUUAGGCAAAGACUCAAAAGUGCUAAAGGGUUUAAGCACUAAACGAAAGAUAAAAACGCUUGAGAAAUUUGUAGAAGACCUGUUUACAGACUAAAUGGAGGUAGAGAGUUGGGUUAGUGCAAAGGAAAAUAUUCAAUAUCAGAUUAAUCAAACUACUCCUAAUCCAUUAGAAAAAUUGUUUGGCAGAGCAUUAGGGUAGAAUAAUAAUUCUAAGGAAAAGGAAGGAGGAACAGAUCCUUCAUUGCAGUCAAUAACUAUAUAAGAAUAGGUUGAAAUUGCUGAUCCAAUGUUUUUCAGAGAUUUGGGACCUUAUAGUAGGCAGCUCUCCAUGGCAAAGUAAGUUAUUAUAACUAACAAAUGUAGAGAGUCUAAGCUGUAGAGGAAGAUAUAGAAAAAGAUAUUGGACAAUUAUGUUGAAAUUGAAGUGAAUCAGUAAAAUUUAAGUGAUGAAAUGUAUCUAUUAGCACUGAGUGGCCUAGUACCAAUCGAUAAAUUGAUUCAAAGAAUGAACAAUAUGAAGAAAUGGGAGCUUAGUAAAAAUUUAAAUGGGAUGGCAUUUGAUGGUGUACUUGAGACAUCUCCCUCUACAGCUUCUCCUAUUGAUUCAAAUGAUGAGGAAUAAGUAGAUGCAGAAAAUAGCAAAAAUAAUCUAUAAAAACUGCAGUCAUUAAGGUAGAUAGGUGGGAUUUAGUAGAGACAGAGUUAAAUUAAAAGCAAAAAGGACAUUCAUUUACUUAAUCAGGAGAUCUAAAAAAUUAACCUAUUUGAUUAAAGGAAUGGAGGGGAUAACUAUGUUACUGAUGUAAACAAUAACUCGAACUCAGAGGAGUUUUUCGAUGAACGAAGACCAAGGUAAAUGACUCAGCAAGAAGAUAGAUUGACAUAGAGUAGAAUUAGAAAAACUAUAAUAGAUGGUAUUAACAAGCACAGUGAGAGUAAAGAGGAGUUAGAAAACCUCAAGAGGAAUGCACUAAAUACUAGGAAAUAGACUGAAAACAUUCUAAAUUUAGGCCAUAAUCAAUAGCCACUUAGUAUAGAAGAAUUAAAGAGAUAGGAGUACAUAAAUAUAUUAAAGGGAGGAAAAGGAAACAAUUAUAAAAGAGACAACUCCAGCUCCACUGACAGACAAAGCUCCUUUAAAAGAGACAGGAAUGGUGGAUUGUUUCAAAAUGGACUAUAUAGCCAAGCAGACAAAUUCAACAAUAAUGAUCUCUCAGUAAUAAGCGAGGUACAGCUCUCAGUGGCAGAUUAGUCUAUGACCAAGGAAAUUUUAAAGACAUUUAACGGGCCAUCAUCCGUAAUGAACCUUCCUCCUCCUUAAACAUCUAUAUUAAAGGGUGGCAUCAAUUAGCACUCAAUUUAGGUAGCUGCAUUCAUAACCAAUGAGUCCCCACAACUUAGACUUAAAAAGCAAAAAAGUAACAUUAGAAUAGAACAGAAUCCAAGUUUAUCUUAGAUAUCACUCCCAGAAUAUGAGUAGAUGAUUGUCUAGCAUUUAAAGAAUAUUGAUGAACUUAAGCAUGCUAAGCGCUAAGUAGAGAGUGACCACCAAGACCUAGUCAAGUAGAAAAAAUAGACUUAAAACUUAAAAAAUAUGGAGAGGAUGCGUUAAGAACUCAACAAGCGUAUAGAAUAGAACCUUAUGGCUAUAAUCAAGAUACUGGAUGAUCAUUAAGAGAGACUUGCAGAGGAUGAUGAGUAGGAUGAUUAUUAGCAGAUAAUAAGCAAUGAUACGAUCCUUAAAGGCUCAGUCAUAUCUAGUGAGGACAUAGAUGAAUAGAUUAAAGCCAAAUUCCUAACUAGACUGGUCAGAGAAUAUAGAAAAAACAGGGAGAGAGCAAAGCAGCAAUAAUUGAGAGAAUAAAUGGAAAAAGAAAUUGAAGAAAAUAUAUACAAGAGAUUCCCUAGUUUAGGAACAUCCCCAGAUAGAGUUUCAAAGAAUUCUAAAUCUCGAGGCAACUCAACCUUUAGACUGAAUAAUUCAAGAAUGCAGAAUACAUCUUCUUUGAGUCCUCCUGGGACCUAAGCCCGUGGUGCAAGUGGCAACGGUAACAUUUCCUCUCUACCUUCACAUAACAAUACAAUAUCUCUUGCUAAUGAUACUUAAACAUCCAAAAAUACUAUAUUUGGUAUGACUAAGAACUCAAUACCUAAGAGAAAAGCAAAUGAUUAGAUGCAAUUGAAGAGUCACUUUGAAAAUGAGGAGAUCACUCAGAUGAAAAAAGGAUGGGGUGUCGAACAGUAACAGACCAACAUUAAAUUAAAGCCAUAGACUAAUACUUAUGGGAAUGCUACAAACUCAGAUAAUUUGAAUAAAAAUAACAACCUGAUGAAAUCUAUUUAAGGCAACAUUUUAAUGAAACUUGACAAGCCACCAACUGAUUAUUAUCAGGUCAACAAGUCGAAUCUGAAUACUUAUCAAACCAAGACUACAAUUAACAAUACUAAAGCAUCUUAGAAUAAAAAUGGGGCAAAAACUCAGAGGCAGAUGAAUCAUAAACCAGAGAAGAAUAUAGCCCCAACAAGGAAUGUUGGAUAGAAAAAUAAUCUUACGAGCAAAAUCAUGCAAAAAGGAAGCAAAAUCGGAGCAGUAAAGUCAAACUUGAAUAAUCAAAGUGUGAUUGUAAAAAAGAGAACAACAAAAUAGGAUAUAUCAUAGGAUGAACCACCUGAGCAGGACUGGAUAGGUGGAGGAGGCUAACCUUUGAGUGAUUAUGAAGGUAGUGGAGAAGAAUGGGUAAUAUGA